UUUACAACUGCCAAUCAUAUGAUGGCAGAAAGGUAAAAGUCAAAAAAUUUUUGUACAAGACCAACGUAACUCGAGGCGCACACAUCGACAUACUUUACUCCAAGAAAGCGUGUGUCAGCAGCCUGAAUUUUCCAAAAAAAGUUUCCUUUUUCCUGUGCAAGAGUGAAGAUACAGAAAAGCUGCAAAAAUGGCUUUAAGCGAUGCUGAUGUGCAGAAACAGAUCAAACAUAUGAUGGCUUUCAUCGAACAAGAGGCCAAUGAAAAGGCUGAAGAAAUCGAUGCUAAAGCCGAAGAAGAAUUCAACAUCGAAAAGGGUCGUUUGGUUCAACAACAACGUCUGAAAAUCAUGGAAUACUAUGAAAAGAAGGAGAAACAAGUUGAACUACAAAAGAAAAUUCAGUCCUCAAAUAUGCUUAAUCAAGCAAGAUUGAAGGUUCUUAAAAUCCGUGAAGAUCAUGUGGCCAGUGUUUUGGAGGACGCUCGCCGCCGUUUGGGUGAGGUAACCAAGAAUUCCGCAGAAUACAAGGUGGUAUUGCAAAAAUUAAUUUUGCAAGCCUUGUACCAAACCAUGGAACCCACGGUUAUCCUACGCUGUCGUCAAGUUGAUGUUGGUCUUGUCAAUGAAGUUUUACCAUCAGCCAUUGAACAAUAUAAACAAAAUUUGAAUCAAGAUGUUAGGGUUGAUGUAGACAACGAUAAUUAUUUGCCCGCCGAUACAUGUGGUGGCAUUGAAUUAAUCGCUUUAAAUGGUCGUGUAAAGGUGCCCAACACUUUGGAAUCCCGCUUGGAUUUGAUUUCACAGCAAUUGGUUCCCGAAAUACGUAACGCCCUGUUCGGACGUAACGUCAACCGUAAAUUUGCCGAUUAAGUAUCUUACAAUUAUUUCUUUUCCCCCCUUGUGUGCAUAAAUUUAUUUAGCUUACAAUAAUAAAACAACAAAAGUAAUUGUUAUAUUAUAGCAACACAGCAACAAUAAUAACCUGCAAAACAACCAGACAGAAAUGCAAACAAAGAAAGCAAUUUAAUAACCCCCAAAUUCCCCUAACAACUACGCUCGCUUCACUUUUUUUUCACAACAGGGUUACAACUUAAACUUAAUGCAAGUGUUGAGCCAUUAGCCUAUGUUGAUUUCAAGAUUUCUCACUAACAAAUUGUUUUUGUUUGAUAAGCAUGAUUAAUGUCUUAACGAUUUUCAACAACUAAUUAAGCGUAGCCGAAAAUUUUGCAAUUUGUUCUAAACAAGUUGCAAGGACAUAAAAAGAUGAAAAAAAAAUAAAGAAAACAAAAUGAGUUUUCAGAACGACUCUUAGCCAAACUCAAGAAACAGAGAUAUUAACCACAACCAAUCACGGGAUACUUAAUUUUUAUUUUUAAAUAAAAACACAAAAGGAGAAAAUAAUAAAAAUAAACUCUAGUAAUGCAUUAUUGAAAGUUUUAAGGUACAUAAAAGCGAAAAACUAACCAGAAUAUAUUAUUAAAGAAUGUUUUUGUUGUUUGAAGUAAAAAAAAAAAAUACAAAAAUCCAGCAUAGUUUAAACUAAACGAAAGAGGUUAUACAUAUUUAAACAUAUUUACGUAUACUAUAAUUAUUAUUAUUAUCUAUUAUUACUAUUACAAUUGAUAUACAAAUGAAACUGGAGAAAAACGUAAGAAACUAAAUUAAUCAUAUAUACACUAACAUACAUACACACAUUCCUGUACAAACAAAACAAAAGCGUUAAGUAAUGUUUAUAACGAAGUUUGCAAAAUGUGUACUUUCCAUCACCUUGGGUUUAUUAUUUCCCUAUUGCCCGCCUUUUGUUGUUAAGUAUUUUUAAGUUGUUCUAUUUCGGUCCACUUGAGUUUCUGCCCCUCCCACCACCCUUCUGCCUACACUUUGUUGAAAAUAUUUACUCAAAAGCUGUGAUUUUUUAUGCCGCUCACCACCAAAAUUAUUAUUCAAAAGGCGUAACUAAACAAAAACUGCCAGUAUAAAAGAAAGACCUUCAAGAGAAACGGUUGUCUCCCAUCUUUCACCAUCUAACAAGGAAAACACACACAUAGAUUUCUUGUAUUGAUAAUUUUUGGUAACAGCAUCCUUUAUGUUCUGUUUACAGAAAUUUUGAAUAAUUUCAAUAAUUUCCCUGCACGGAAUGUAAAGUACUGAAAAUUCAAUAUGAUAAAUCUAAUAAACAUUCUCUUUUGUAAAACAAAUAUCGCUCUAAUGCGGGGGUGAUACGUAACAACAACAUCUCUCUCUCUCUCUCCUUCUGUCUUCACAUUCUUCUUGAAGUUUAACUCCCAAAGAAAGAACUCUCUUUGUCGUAUAAAAAACUCUCUUUUUUCUCACUGAAUUAUCUUUAACUAGUUCUUCUGUUCACUUUUUGGGAUAACUUACUUAAUUAUCUAAAUGUUUUAAUUAAAUAUGUAAAAAAAAAACAAAAAAAAACAUGGAAAUUAUUAUUACCUUUUUUUCGAGACAACUACGUUUUUCUUUUUUAUUUAUCAAUAACGCUUUUGAACACAGCUUUUGUUUUCAGUUUGUAUUAACCCUACCACAGUUUUGUUUUAUUGCCUCCUGUUUAUUUCUGAAAGAGAAAAGUGCACAUACCUAUGAUUUUGUUUUGUAAAUUCGUUUUCUUUUUCUUUUGUUUUUUGUUUGUUCAUUUGCUCUAAAACAUGUUGCUGCUGUUUCUGUAUGUAUUAUUUCCCUCCUGUUAAUUUUCUUUUGUUGUUAGUUUAUUUUGUGAAUGUGUUUUAUUUCUUCUCUUGUUUAAGUAUUAAAUGAAAAUUUAUCUAAAAACAAAAUAUAAUUGUUUGUGCUUUUGGCGUUAUAUAAAACAAGACAAUUAUGAAUAAUAAUUAUGAUAAUAAUAAUAAAACAAAAAUUAACUAAAAAAACCCACAUUAAUCCUGGCUUUGAUUUCGUAUGAUUGCUGCCUGCCUUCAUCAAGGGAAAGUGAUAUUAAUUUGCAGUCUUCUCUUUCCUCUAGCGUAGACAUUAUUGAUUUCCUCUCUGCCAAAUGAUGUUUAACUACUAUGUAUGUGGUUUACUGCAUUUCCGCCAGGAUUUCCAAUGCGUUACUACGAUGAGUAAGAUGUCACUUUGUCGUCGUCGUCUGUUUGUCAAUCUACCUCCAAUGAUCAUGAUGUUGUGUGUUUGUAAAUAUCUGCCCUUUUUAUGGUUUACAUGCAACAAGCCAACUUGGAAAUUGUUUAUUGUUCUAAUGGUUGUUCUAUUUAAAUAUUUUUAUUUGUAUUGUCUUGUUGUAAGAGAAGAAAGACCUCCACCAUGUAUUAUUUUUAGGUUAAUAAAAUUUAUUUUAACAA